AUGACGCUUCAUCUAGAUAUUCCGAGUGCAGCUGAGUAUGUCUGUAUAGAAAGACGUUGUUCCGCACCCCGGGAAAAUUCUAACGAAAUUCAACAUUCAGAAAGCCUUUGCGACAACUUAGAGUCCGACGGAACAGCCAGCUUCCAUUUCGCACAGGGAAAUAUACCUGCUCGGCCACCGCCAGGCUUUGAAGACUACUUUGGCCCACCUCCUCAUUUCCAAUUCUUCGACAACGACGCCGCGGAGGAGGAUCUACGGGCCCUCCGAGAUUUCAUAAAACGGGACGUUGCAGAAGAGAGCAUGCAGAUUCUAGAAAAACGUUUGUUCGUACACAUUGAACGGCGCCAUGAUACCCUGAGGCCUGUGCUUGACCGCAUCAUCCAAAUUAUGGACAAGGAGGGUGAUAUUGAGGGCGUUGUCGGAUAUUCAGAGGGUGCUCUUAUUGGGGCAAGUUUAAUUCUUGAAGAGCAGCGAAGAUUUGAGGAACUUGGCAGGCCAGUAGGGAUAAAGUGUGCAGUGUUUUUAUCCGGAUGGCCCCCUUUUGAUCCCAAAACUGGGAAGCUUCUUCUAUCCGAUGGGGGUUCCGAAUUGAUAAAAAUCCACACAUGCCAUGUCUUGGGUGCCAAUGACCCUUUUAUCGAUGGUUGCAUGGCGCUAUAUAAUAUCUGCGACCCUGACACUGCCAAUAUUUUUGACCACGGACAUGGCCAUACAGUACCACAAGGUGACAAGAUACAAGGGGAGUUGGCGGAAGUGAUACGGGAAAUGGUGGCUGAAGCCCAGCAAGAGAGUUGA